GCUCUCGGCGGGGCUGUAAUUGGGGCUCGGGAUAACUGUCCCGGUGACGCUCUGCCCUGCUCUCCUUCCUCUGGUGAGAAAGUGCCUCCUUCUUCCCAGGACCAGGACCUCUGCCAUCCAGAGCCACAAAGAGACAUUCUUGCACACAGGCGCACGCGCGCGCGCACACCCACCCACGCCCACCCACUCGCACACUCGCGCAGAGACAAACUUAAGGUGAGGAGGGAGAGCGCUCGCUUCACUUCAUCCCCCGCCUCCGGCUUCAGUGGACGGAGAGAGCCGGACUUCUGGCGUCCAGGACGAGGGCUCCAAACUGCUUUUGGCAAGUACGAGCCCAGGAAAUCAUCCAAAAUUGAGAGUUCCUACAAAAGAGUGAAGAAGAUCUCUGUGAAGAUGAGGAGGCUGCUUCUUCUGGUGCUGAUUUCCAUCUGCUGGGCUGACCAUCACUCGGACACCUACACUCCGAAUCAGGACAGAGUCAUACACAUCCAAGAAAAUGGCCCCCGUCUACUUGUGCAAGCAGAACAAGCCAAGGUCUUCUCCCACAGAGGUGGCAAUGUCACACUGCCGUGUAAAUUUUAUCGAAACCCUACAGCAUUUCCCUCGGGACUCCACAAGAUUCGAAUCAAGUGGACCAAGCUAACUUCAGAUUACCUCAAAGAAGUGGAUGUCUUUGUGUCCAUGGGCUACCACAAGAAAACCUAUGGAGGCUACCAGGGGAGAGUAUUCCUGAGGGGAGGCAGUGACAACGAUGCUUCUCUAGUCAUCACAGACCUCACCCUGGAGGAUUAUGGGAGAUACAAGUGUGAGGUGAUUGAAGGCUUAGAAGAUGAUACUGCUGUGGUGGCAUUAGACUUGCAAGGUGUGGUCUUCCCUUACUUCCCGAGACUGGGACGCUACAACCUGAACUUCCUCGAGGCGAGACAGGCCUGCCUGGACCAGGACGCGAUGAUCGCCUCUUUUGACCAGCUCUACGAGGCCUGGCGUGGUGGGCUGGACUGGUGCAACGCAGGCUGGCUGAGCGACGGCUCCGUGCAGUACCCCAUCACCCGGCCGCGGGAGCCCUGCGGGGGCCAGAACACCGUGCCCGGCGUCCGCAAUUACGGCUUCUGGGACAAGGAGAAGAGCAGAUACGAUGUGUUCUGCUUCACCUCCAACUUCAACGGCCGCUUUUACUAUCUGAUCCAUCCCACCAAGCUUACCUAUGACGAAGCGGUGCAAGCCUGUCUCAACGAUGGUGCUCAGAUCGCCAAGGUGGGCCAAAUCUUCGCAGCCUGGAAGCUCCUGGGCUACGACCGCUGUGACGCGGGCUGGCUGGCCGACGGCAGUGUGCGCUAUCCCAUCUCCCGGCCCAGACGGCGCUGCAGCCCCACCGAGGCCGCAGUGCGCUUCGUGGGCUUCCCAGAUAAAAAGCACAAGCUGUACGGUGUCUACUGCUUCCGAGCGUACAACUGAGAGGCCCAGGCAUCCUUCCCAGAGUCAUUGAGAACAUGUGAAAGGUGUUUGGUUUGGUUUUGUUUUUCAGUAUGAACUCAUGCAAGUUACCAAAACUGUGAUAACCCUUUUUUACUGUAAAGAGUCAUUUUCAUAAAGACCAAUUCAUUAAUUCGUUCUUUGUAAAGCUAUCCUUCAAUAUACGUUACAAAUUAAUAUAAUUUUAAGGGAAGCUCGACAUGGCCAGGAGGUUUUCGAGCCAAACUGUGUGUGCGCUGCCUCCCUGUCCCCUCGCCUGACCUGGUCAGGACAGCUCCAGACUUGCUAGGGUCCCAUGAAGGCAAGGAAGGCUCCUGAGAGCACCAGCCCCACCCCUAAGCACAAACUUCACAUGUUUCUACGAUCCUGAUGAAAAGAUUAGAGCAACAAAUCUUCGAUACAGGCUCCUCCACCCAAACUGAGAUUCCGAGGGGUCGCACAGAACUCAGUUUCACAAGGGAGCAGUCCACGCUUUUCUAAAGGUUACUCUUUCAAGUCUCCAGUAGACAAUCUUUCACUUCCUCCAUCCCUCCCUUUGUGUCCAAACAACAAAAAAUUCACAUGGGCUCAAAUGCAUAGUAAUAAGCACAGGGAAUCCUCCUUAACAAUCCCACUUAUACGAGAUUUAAAUGUGCAGAUAAUAUUCAACCCGUGAGAGACUCCUACCUUCUUUAAUUAAAAUUACACGUGUCUGAGAGGAAUAGUUUUAUCUUUUGAGUAGCAUUACUGAGCUAUAUUUAAAUUCUAAGCACCCUUUGCUAGGUAGCAUUUAGCAUCCACUCAGGGUAGUUAUAUAGAUAAACUGCUGGACAGAAAAAUUGUAAAAUUUAGCAGCUUGAUUUUAUGUUAGCCUAUGAAAUGCUAUUGUCCUAUAAAAAUAACUUUAAACUAUUUAAUAUUUCUUUUUUAUUUACAUUACGUGAGAAAAUUAAAUCAUAGACAGAAUGAAUAACCAUACAUUUGCCUAACCAAGGAAUAAAGACCCAACUUUCAAAAUUUGUACUCCUGUUUUUACAUAACUAAAAAGCCCAAAUGGUGCCUGUGUUUGGGGACAAAGUCAGCAACGUAAUCCUAAACCUUCCUGGAACUAACAAACAUGGUCCAUGCCACCGACCUUGCUGGUCAUCAUUAGGCAUAAACGAAAUGCUGAAACUAUCAUCAAAAAGUUUACACUAAAAUCUUCAGGGCUUUAAAUGAAAUCUAAGUCCAGCUUCAGAAAAACACCUUUGCAUUUAGCAGCUCCAAUCUUAAACAAUGCUCUGUUUUCCUAUAUUUUUAUGACUGUUGAGACCCCACAGGGACCAAUAUUUGUAUUCAGAUUGAUUACAUUUUAUGGUUUCUCAUUGUUUGACAGCAAUUUCUAAUAAAUGGGAUUUAGUAAAAUAACUUAAGGAUGACAUAGCUGGGAUGCUUUCAUGAAUGUUUUUAAUGUAGAUUUUUCUCCCAUGAACAUGAGUAAAUAAAUCUGUUUCUUGAACUGAUUGUGGUUGCAGUUAAAGCUCUAUAGUGGUCCUUAUAAAUUUAUAAAUGUAGAAUUCUAUAUGUGGAAAGUAUAGAGCAACUGGAAGUCCGUGAAACCAUACCUAUAUUCAUAUAUUAUCUAGAUGAAAUAUUGUAAAUAAAAGUAGAUUCUUGGAUCAAAAGCAUAUCUGGAAAUUUUCAGAUGCUUUAAUAUUAAAAGAUGACAAUGUAUGCAUGCAUAUUUUUAAGCUAGGCCAGAUAUGCAAAUUAUAUGAAGUUAUAGAUCCAAAGAGAUUAUGAGGUUUAAUUCAAAUACUGCUGGUAUAAAUAGAACCCACACUUCUAAAUUAAAGAUACCUGCGUGGUCUAGGAUAAGAGGAAUGUAUUAUUUAAAAAGGGGACUGUCUCCAAAAUAGCAGCUCUAGAACUUCAAAUAAAAGUGGGAGUUAGCUCAUUGGAAGAAGCCCAUACUUGAACAAUUAUUGCCUAUAUUAUAAGAAUUUUAUUAGAAAUGAAAAUGAGAAUAAUUUUGUAUUGAAGCAAGUAUAUAACUUCCAGUUAUUGUCAUAGAACUCUGCCUUUAUAAAGUGUAGUAUGAUUUCUUAACUUUUGAAUACUUACUAGUACAGGACUUGGUGCUGAUCAAAAUUUCUGGAGUGACUGUUAGCUGAUUAAAAUCUAUACCAAUUACACACCAUUUUUCCAUUCUUGAAAAAAAAAAAUCCUAACAGAAUGAAUAUUGCUGAACAUAUUUUUUAUCUUCUGCCCUCACCCACAGGCUCAGAAUUCCUCUACUCUUUGGACUCCUAGCUGAAGAAGGAGUCUUUUUACCAUUCUGAUUUUGCUAUUUUCCCAACAAAUAUCUGCUUGCCUACUUCAUUGCCCAACGUAUCUCACUGAGAAUGUCUGAAAAAGAAAAGUUAUCCUGGUCCAAUUCAUAACAGGAAAUUGAUAUAACAGCAGCUAAUUCAGAAAUCGGCUUUCAGACUUUGAUUCCAGGAAUAUCAGAGGAAUGAAAUGGAAGUCUGGUUACAAAAUCCUUUCACCAAUUUGUCUAUAAUUAACUCUUGUGGCCAACAUAAAGAAUGAGGCAUACCUAGGCAUUUCACUAAGACAGCUACAUUGUAAAACCAAAAAAAGAGAAGCAACUCAUACAAAAACAGGCCAGGAAUGAAAAUAAAUUGUCACAUUAACACUGGAAGCCAUCUUUGAAUGACUGCUGCCAUAUCUUACCACAGUAAUUUUUAGCCAAAUAUGGUAUUUGUAUGUUUAAACUUUCUUUCAUAGAAAGGGGGCCGGUACCUGUUUAAAGUGUUAUUUUAUGCAAUAAUAUAGGCGCUUGUUAUUUUGCCAAUAGAAGUAGACUCAGAGGAGAUUCCAAUUUGGUUGCUGGCAGCCAGACUGGGUUUCCUGAUUUCAGGACUCCUAGGAACAUGGUGGUCUCAUGGCGUAGCUUGCCACUAAGAGGACAGGAUUAACAGGGAAUCAAUUAUCUGUUUUAGUGAGAACACAUCAAGAAUGGUCAAUGGACAACUGAUGUAGUUUUGUUGUGAUGUUAAUUUUGUCAUAACUCACUACUCCCAGAGCAGUAAUGAUGUACAAAAGAAGAAAUUAAUCAUAUGACAUUAAACCACCCGAUUAAAAUAAAGAUCUAUAUAUUCAGGCAAUUAGUACCUACUAAAUACAAAUUUGAGAAGAGCCAAUCUGUAUUACAAAAAAUGUUUUCAUUUUCUGUAAGAUAACAAUGAAAUGGUAAACAUUAAAAGUCAAUUUUAUGUCA